AUUUCUCUCCUACUUACAUCGGGCACGAAAUCGGUGAAAAAAUAAUUAUAAUAAUAAAAAUUAAAAAUUAUCGGCGACGAAAUCGGUGAAGCAUUCACUGAUUGCAUUCGUGUUUUUCCCCUUUUUGUGCGAUCGAGGCCUCGCUAGCUGCACGCAAUUGCAUCUAUAAUUACCAUUUUUCAGAUUAAGGAUCAAUGAGCGAUCAUCUGGUUGUGUGUGUUGACCGUCUUCUACGGCCCGCGGCCGCUGACCCGGUCUCUCAUCCGGCUGAGGUCCCGUCUGCGGAUGUGGCGGGAUCUUCUGGUUCUGCCCCGGUGGUGGAUGAUGAGACGAGGUCUGAACAUGAUGAGGAUUGUAAUGAGGAUGAGCCACUUAUCCAGAUGGCUGAGUGUCGCAUUUGUCAAGAGGAGGAUGGCAUUAAGAAUCUGGAGACUCCUUGUGCAUGCAGCGGCAGUCUGAAGUUUGCUCACAGAAAGUGCGUUCAACAUUGGUGCAAUGAAAAGGGAGAUAUAAUUUGUGAGAUAUGUCAUCAGCCUUAUCAGCCUGGUUAUACUGCCCCACCACCUCGCCCUCAACCUGAAGAAACUACAAUUGAUAUAGGUGGGGGCUGGACAAUCUCUGGCGCACCUUUGGAUUUGCGUGAUCCUCGACUGUUGGCAAUUGCUGAGGCAGAACGCCAAUACUUGGAAGCUGAAUAUGAUGACUAUGCUGCUUCUAAUGCCAGUGGAGCUGCUUUUUGCCGCUCAGCUGCUCUAAUUCUAAUGGCUCUUUUACUCCUGCGGCAUGCACUUUCAGUUACAGAUUCUGAUGCUGAUGAGGAUCCAUCUACUUUUUUUUCCCUUUUCUUGCUUAGAGCAGCCGGAUUUCUUUUACCUUGCUAUAUCAUGGCUUGGGCAAUCAGUAUUUUGCAACGUCGGCGACAAAGACAAGAGGCGGCAGCAUUGGCAGCGACCCAAGUUGCUUUUGUAUUACAAUCGGGACAGCGCAGGGGGCUGCAGUUUGCCAUAGCACCAGCGGGACCCACACUGAAUCCACAACAGGAGCAUGUGUAGUCUGUUUGUUUUGAAUUGGUGGUUUUAUGACUAUGCAUGUGCCAUUUCUUUUUGGAAUGCGAUACUGUUGAUUUCUCAGCUUUAUUGUAAUUUGUACAUACCUUAGAUUGAAUGGCUCCAGGGCUCUCGAUAUCGUGGAUUGCCCUGCCGUCGGUUCAUGUACCUGUCCUGAUUGAUUA